GUUUAAUUGAAGGCAGGUGGUAAAACUGGUGUUUCUAAUAAAUAUUUUUGCUGUGAAAACCCAACCGUUGAGUCCGAAUGUGAGACAUCUGAAUACUAAAUCACUUUUUUUCUGGUUAUGCAUUCUUGGUUGUCACAGACUGGCUUGGUUUCAAGUUUCAAGUAGUUUUAUUGUCAAUGCUUCAUAUGUGCAAAACAUACAGAGAAUAGAAAUCGUGUUGUGUAAUAACAAAUAAGUGCACUUGAUCACAGGACAUAUAGUCUAUUCUGACAUAUGAGUCUGAAUAUUUUCAGGUCAGCCUUUUCUUCUGUACAGAGGGCUUGCACCAUCUGAUGAUGGAGCCGUCAGAGGAGGAGGAGGGAGGGGUUCUUAUCUCAGAGCUGAAGAGGCAGCUGGAGAGAAAAGACCUGAACCCUGAAAAGAAGAUCAGCCUGCUGAACAACGCUUUAACCGAGGUUCUGAACUUGGCAGCUGUGCAGACAAACAGCAGCUCUCUGGCUCAAGUCAAGUCUCAGCUGUAUCACAGCGGCAUCCUGAAUCACUGUGUACAGAUGCUUUCACUGCAUCCCAGCAGACUGCGGGACAACUGGACCGCCAGCGCCACACUCGCUCACCUAACCAGUUCCUGCUGUGUGGGGGUGGACCCAGGCAGCCAGUUCCAGGCCUUUCAUAGGGUUUUCUUGCCAUCAGUCAUUGAUGUCCUGCUGCCACUGGCCUGUCGGCUGAUGAGCCAGGCAGAGAGUUCGUCUGUCUUCAGGAAGGUGAUGGAUUCAGUUGGCUGGCUGCUGUCGGCUCACACUCACCUCACAACUCAGGUCCUCAGCUCUGCCUACUACGAACAGAUCCAGAUGUGUGAUGACAUUGCUGUGGGUCUGCUCUGCAUCCAGAUGUGGAUUCAAAUUUGCACAGUCAACAGGAACUUUCUCUCUGAUUUGAGCAACGACUCCGUUCUGCUGCUGCUCAACGAGGUUGUUGGCCAAUUAGCACUCAGUUCUGACUCUGCAGUGGGCGGAGCCUCCAUCACUCUGAUGCUUCUCAUGGCUAAGCAGUUGGGCCUCCGCCUCCAGCCACUCCUGCUCAAAUUCAUAGGUUUAGACAGUUUGCUGGAGAAGGACUGGAGGGGGCGGGGCUUCGACCAGGAGUUGGAUCUGCUGAUUGCAAUCGUCCAAUCAGACAAGAGUGAGAGCAGCCAGAUGGAGGUGAGUACUGAGCGUAUGCAAGCGGCAUGCGUGAUCCAAGCAGCCUGGAGAUCGUUCCAAACCCGACGCAGAGUGAAGAGUCUGAACAGAGCUGCCAGCACUUUGCAGAGGAGAUACAGGGCGCGGAGAAGGCAGCAGCAGGAGCAGAGGGAUGCGCAGCAUUGGGAGGAGGAACUCAGGUAUCAGAUGCCCCGGCCCUGUCGGUUGUCACAGUAAUGCAGGCUGAGUCCUUCCUGAGUCCGUCAGCUUCCAUUGCCGCUCGAGCGCGAAAUGCCCACAACGCUGUUCUACAAGCAAGCCGGCUGCCCUGGUGGAGGACUCUGGGAGAGCCAGACACCAGCUCGGAGUCAGGCCCCGCUCUUCUGCUGGAACUAGGAGCAGAGCUUGGAGAACCUUUUACAGGAGGUUCUGCAGACACACUGAGGUGGACAGAGCUAAAAACGAAAU